CGGUUGAAGCGCCAAAAAAACUAUAUAAGAAGCUGAUAGCCAACAGAAAGACAUCAAUCAGCUAACAACGCUCAAAAGUCAAAAAUCGUUCUUUCCUACGAACUCAAAACACAAAAACUAACAAAAUGUACAAAUUGUUUGUCCUUGCUGCCCUCGUCGCUGUUGCCGCCGCUGCCCCAAGCCACUUGUAUGAGAGCCCCGUUGUGUACUCGGCUCCAGCCGCUGUUGCCUACCAAGAACCCGUCUUGGCUAAAGUUGGCUCCGUGGUGAAGAGCAUUCCCACCGCUGUCUCCCAUCAAAGCCAGUCGAUCGUGCACAGCUCAGCUCAUGUUGUGGAGGAUGUGGUGGCACCCGUUGUGAAGACCAGCUAUGUUUCUGCUCCUGUCGUGAAAACCAUCCACUCUGCUCCCCUGGUGCACACCUCAUAUGUUGCUGCCGCUCCAGUCGUCAAAUCCUACGCUGCUGCUCCAGUUGUGCACAGUUAUGCUGCGCCAUUGGCUUAUGACACUCACUAUUCGUCUUGGUAAACGAACGGUAAAAGGGAACCGAAAUGGACAAAAGAUUUUGUACACUGAUUUUGUGAUAUAACGAAUAACUUAACUAUAUAGAAUAAUUAGAUAAUAACGUUGUUGACUUUUAUAUCAGCGAAUUGUUAAUAAAUUAU